AUGGCUGACAAUAAAGUGAAGUCAACCAAACCUGUGAAUAAGACUCCUCCAAAGUCUCCUUCAGAUCCAGCAAAGGACCGAGCAGCAAAACGAUUAUCCUGUGAUUCAAACAGCUCCCAUGAGGGAGCUAUGGCAGCAGAAGUAAGUGCUCUGGAAGAGGCCUUUAGAAAAUUUGCCAUCCAUGGUGAUACAAGAGCCACGGGGAAAGAAAUGCAUGGGAAGAACUGGUCAAAGCUAUGUAAGGACUGUCAUGUGAUAGAUGGGAAGAACGUGACAAUCACAGAUGUUGACAUUGUCUUCAGUAAAAUCAAAGGAAAGUCUUCCAGAACUAUCACUUUUGAGCAGUUUAAGGAAGCUCUUCAAGAACUCUCCAAGAAGCGAUUUAAAGACAAGAGUGAUGAGGAAGCAGUUCAAGAAAUAUAUAAACUAAUUGAAGGAAAAGCCCCGAUUAUAUCUGGAGUAACGAAAGCCAUUUCAUCUCCAACUGUAUCGCGCCUUACAGAUACAUCAAAAUUCACGGGUUCUCACAAAGAGAGGUUUGAUCCCAGUGGGAAAGGAAAAGGCAAAGCUGGCCGAGAAGAUCUGGUGGAUGCUUCAGGAUAUGUUUCUGGCUAUAAGCAUGCAGGCACAUAUGAUCAUAAAGUACAAGGAAGCAAAUAAGGCUGAGGGUUUACAACACGAAGGGAGAAAGAGAUGGGGAAAGAGAAUAUGUUUGAAAGAAUGAUGUAGAUGAAUCCCACAUGUUUAGUUAUUGUGAAUGCUAAGACUAUGUUGUCAAGAAGUUGUUUUCAGGAACUGGAACUGAUUUCAACAUCUGCUCAGCUACUUGCAGCACAAUGCCACUUCAUUACAUUCCUCAUGCGUAUAUUGGCAAAAAUCAAUAUAUCGGUACAAAAAAAUAUAUCAUUUUGUUGAACUUUAGCCAAAAAAAAAACCCAACCCAAAGUCAAGAGCAGUUAUACCACACAUUGUCAAU